CUCCCGUCUCCUUCCCCCUCCAGCCUUGAAAGCCUCCGGUCACUCAUCUCAGUCCUCAACAUCACAGCGAGCCUUAUCAGAUCGCCACCCAGAACUUCUAGAGAGAUCAAUCCAAUCCUUCCUUACAGCCUCCAUCGAUCCCGUCUUCUUUUUCGCCCCUAGAUGAGCACCUCGUAUUCCGAGGCGCAGUUCGGCUCCUCCUUUGAGUUCCCUGCCGAAGAGGACCUUAACUCCUGGUUCACCCACCUGUGCGAGGACCAGGCGGCGGCGGCGGCUCCGGCGCUUCUGCCGGUGGAGUUCGAGGCCCCGGUGGGGGCGAUGGCGGACCCGAGGAAGAGGGCGGCGUACCAGUUGGUGGAGGGGGAGGCGUCGGGGGCCAAGAGGCAACGGUCCCCGACGAGCUCCAGGGAGAACAGCGGCGGCAGCAAUGACGGUGACCACGAGAACAUGUCCGAAGUGGCGGCGGCUGCGGGGGGCAGGGGCGGCGGCCGGCGGCUGUGGGUGAAGGAGCGCAACCACGAGUGGUGGGACCGGAUGAACAGCCCGGCGUGCCCGGAGGCGGAGUUCCGCAACGCGUUCCGGAUGUCGCGGGCCACGUUCGAGGCGGUCUGCGAGGAGCUGGGCGCCGUCGUCGCCAAGGAGGACACCAUGCUUCGCGCCGCCAUCCCCGUGCGCCAGCGCGUGGCAGUCUGCAUCUGGCGCCUGGCCACGGGGGAGCCCCUGCGGGUCGUGUCCAAGCGGUUUGGCCUCGGGAUCUCCACCUGCCACAAGCUCGUCCUCGAGGUCUGCGCCGCCAUCAAGGCCGUGCUCAUGCAGAAGGUCGUGCAGUGGCCGGAGGCGCCGGACGCCGCGGCGGACGUGGCCGCCAGGUUCAAGGCCGCGUCGGGGAUCCCCAACGUCGUCGGCGCCAUGUACACCACCCACAUCCCCAUCAUCGCGCCCAAGGCCAACGUCGCUGCCUACUACAACCGCCGCCACACGGAGCGCAACCAGAAGACGUCCUACUCCAUCACCGUGCAGGGCGUGGUGGACGCGGCCGGCGUCUUCACCGACGUCUGCAUCGGCUGGCCGGGUUCCAUGUCCGACGCUGACGUGCUCGAGAAGUCCGCGCUCUACGCGCAGCGCGGCGCGGCGGGCCUGCUCCAGGGGCAGUGGGUGGUCGGCGGCGCCGGGUACCCGCUCAUGGACUGGCUGCUGGUGCCCUACACGCACCAGAACAAGACGUGGUCCCAGCACGUGUUUAACGAGCGGGUGGACGGCGUGCGCGGCGUGGCGCGGGACGCGUUCCAGCGGCUCAAGGCGCGGUGGGGCUGCCUCCAGAAGCGCACCGAGGUGAAGCUGCAGGACCUCCCCGUGGUGCUCGGGGCCUGCUGCGUGCUGCACAACAUCUGCGAGCGCGCCGGCGACGCCGUCGACCCCGGCUUCCAGCUCUUCGACGACGACAUGCUCGCCGAGAACCCCGUGCGCUCGCAGGUGGCCGCCAGCGCGCGGGACAACAUCGCCCACAACCUCCUCCACAACAGCAGCGACGCCGGCGCCGGAUUCCUCUUGAAAUGAAGAAGUAGAAAAGCUGCUUCUUUUCUUGGUCGAAUCAGCAGAGAAGACGCCGCAAGGCUCAUCAAUCGAAGCUUCUUUUCAUGUCAGGAGCUACUUCUUUCGAUUCUGGUUAAUUUGUCGGAUGGAACAGAGAACAGUUUUUUCGUUUAUAAUAAGGUGGGAAACAGAACAGCGGGUCAUAGGUUCAAAGAUACAGUAGGUGGUUCAAUGAUAGUGUUUGCGAUUGUUCUGCAUUUUUAGGUUCAAAGAUCUAUCAUCAUCUCUCAUGUUUGGUGAGACUGUAGCCUGUAUAAUCAAUCUUGUACAAGACUAUUUUGUCACCAGAUGAUCAUCAAUUCGUUAAACAGAACAGAAGAAUAUUUCAUUCA